AUGUUUAUGAAGUGUGUUGUGGAAGACUGGCAAUAUCAAGUUGUGCAGGCCUUCCCGCAAGCAGACGAGGAGAUAGAAGUGGACACACACGCCUUCAGCCACAGGUGGAAAAGGAACACAGAUCCGCUCAAGGCCGUGGACACCAACCGAGCGAGCGUGGGCCAAGACUCCCCAGAGCCCCGAGGCUUCACAGACCUGCUGCUGGAUGAUGGGCAGGACAACACCACCCAGAUUGAGGAGGACACAGAUCACAAUUACUAUAUAUCUCGGAUAUAUGGUCCAUCUGAUUCGGCCAGCCGGGGUUUGUGGGUGAACAUAGACCAAAUGGAAAAGGACAAAGUGAAGAUUCAUGGAAUACUUUCCAAUACUCAUCGACAAGCUGCAAGAGUGAAUUUGUCUUUCGAUUUUCCAUUUUAUGGCCAUUUUCUACGUGAAAUCACUGUGGCAACGGGGGGUUUCAUAUACACUGGAGAAGUUGUACAUCGAAUGCUGACAGCCACACAGUACAUAGCACCUUUAAUGGCAAAUUUUGAUCCCAGUGUCUCCAGAAAUUCAACAGUCAGAUAUUUUGAUAAUGGCACAGCACUUGUUGUCCAGUGGGACCAUGUACAUCUCCAGGAUAAUUACAAUCUGGGAAGCUUCACAUUCCAGGCAACCCUACUCAUAGAUGGACGCAUCAUCUUUGGAUACAAAGAAAUUCCUGUUUUGGUCACGCAGAUAAGUUCGACCAAUCACCCAGUGAAAGUGGGGCUGUCUGAUGCAUUUGUCGUUGUCCACAGGAUCCAACAAAUUCCCAAUGUUCGAAGAAGAACAAUUUAUGAAUACCACCGAGUAGAGUUACAAAUGUCAAAAAUUACCAACAUUUCAGCUGUGGAGAUGACCCCACUACCUACGUGCCUCCAGUUCAAUGGCUGUGGCCCCUGUGUAUCCUCUCAGAUUGGCUUCAACUGCAGCUGGUGUAGUAAACUUCAAAGAUGUUCCAGUGGCUUUGAUCGUCAUCGCCAGGACUGGGUGGACAGUGGAUGCCCUGAAGAGUCAAAGGAGAAGAUGUGUGAGACUACCGAGCCAGUGGAAAGUUCUUCUCAGACCAGCACAACCAUGCAAGCAACAACUGUGCUAUUUAGGUUCUUAACAACCACCAGAAGAGCAGCGACCUCCCAGCUGCCCACCAGCCUGCCCACAGAAGAUGAUACCAAGAUAGCAUUGCAUCUAAAAGAUAAUGGAGCUUCCACAGAUGACAGUGCAGCCGAGAAGAAAGGGGGGACCCUGCAUGCUGGCCUCAUUGUUGGAAUCCUCAUCCUGGUCCUCAUUAUAGCAGCAGCCAUUCUUGUGACCGUCUAUAUGUAUCAUCAUCCAACAUCAACAGCCAGCAUCUUCUUUAUUGAGAGACGCCCAAGCAGAUGGCCUGCGAUGAAGUUUCGAAGGGGUUCUGGCCACCCUGCCUAUGCUGAAGUUGAACCAGUGGGAGAGAAGGAAGGUUUUAUUGUAUCAGAGCAGUGCUAAGAUUCCCAGGACAGAACAGCACCAGUGCUGGCUUACAG